AUGACAGACACCUCAUACCCCCGCCCCGACUGGCAACGCCCCUCCCUUAAUUGGCACUCCCUAAACGGCCCAUGGUCCUUCAUCUUCGACGACAAUGACGUCGGUCUCGCGCAAGGCUGGCACCUGCACGGCCUCCCCUCCGAAGUCUUUGUCGACCCUGCACUGACCAACACAUCUUCUUCGAAUCAGGAAUCUGAAAGCAUCACAGCUAAAAUCGCAGGCGACACACAAGCCCUCAUCAAAGGCAACGUGUUUAAAUCCGACGGCGCUGGCAAGCAUUCCAGAAAAAAUAUACAAGUCCCGUACGUGUGGCAAUGUCCUGCAUCUGGCAUUGAGGAGAAGGGCGUGCAUGAGGUGUUCUGGUAUGAACGCACUAUCUACGACCUCCGUACCCAGGAGCAAAAAGAAAGGGGAGACAAAGUGAGCCUGAGAUUUGGGGCCGUGGAUUACGAAGCCACGGUGUGGGCUGAUGGGAAUUUCGUUGGCGGCCAUCGAGGCGGACAUGUGCCAUUUUCUAUUGAUGUCACGGAUGCGUUUGCGAAAGGGGUAGGGGAGCACAGGUUCACGAUUAGGGUGUACGACUCUGCGUAUGAUCUUACGCAGCCACGGGGCAAGCAGUAUUGGGGUGCGCAGCCGGAGAGCAUCUUUUAUACGCCGAGUGGGGGGAUUUGGCAAAGUGUGUGGCUUGAGGUGGUGCCGCGGGUGAGGAUUGGAGAUUCGAGUGAUGGUACUGUGCUGCGCAGCGAUGACAUUGAGGGCGGGAAGCUCAAGGCUAGAGUGCGCAUUUUGGACAGGCCGACCGGGUGGAAGUACUCUGUGUCGGCGCAGGUCAAUCUGGGUAAUUCUCUUCUCGGCCUGACGGAGAGAUUUCAGCUACCGCGGGAGUCGGAUUUUAUCUCCUUCGAAGUGGACAUGCGAGUUCCAGAUGGUGUUGGUCUCGAACAACUAGACCAGGAAACACUUUCCGUGGCGCCGCUCAAUAACCACCGCGCAUGGCUCAAAGACGUAGCCCUCUGGUCUCCAGAACACCCCACCCUCUACGAUGUCUCCUUCAUCCUUUACGACCCAUCUGGCGCUCAAGUAGACACCGUCUAUACUAAAGUCGGUAUGCGCAAAAUCUCCUGGAACGACGGUGCCUUCCGCCUUAACAAUCGCGCCUGCUUCCAAGCUCUCUUUCUAGACCAAGGGUACUGGCCCAACACGUUCAUGACACCUCCAUCUCCAGACGCUCUCAGGUUAGAUAUCGAGCUCAGCAAGAAAAUGGGCUUCAACGGCUGCCGCAAACACCAAAAAGUCGAGGACCCUAUCUUCCAUUACUGGGCGGACCGGCUGGGCUUCCUCGUCUGGGGCGAGAUGGCAAAUGCCUACUCUUUCUCCUCACAGUACGUAGAGCGAUUCGACCAAGAAUGGCGCGAGGCCGUUCUGCGAGACAUUAACCACCCUUCUGUAGUCGCAUGGACCCCCGUUAACGAAUCGUGGGCGUACACGGACCUGAAGCAAAAUGUUGAGCAGAGAAAUCACAUCAGGAGUCUGUACUAUGCGACAAAGGUUUUGGAUCCAACGAGGCCGGUCAAUGAUAAUUGUGGCUGGGAACAUGUGAAGGGGGAUUUGACCACUUUCCAUGACUAUUCCGAUGGCGAUAAGCUCACGAAGACGUGUAAGACAAUUGAGGGAAUACUCGCGCCCAAGGCAGAUCGCCCUGUCUUCUUGUCCGCGAUACCUGAGCAGAACGACGAGGGCUCUAAAUAUGAUCCCUCCGCGCCAAUCAUAUGCACGGAAUUUGGCGGUAUCAAUAUUGCGCAGCAGACUGGGACAGGGGAGCGCGAUUGGGGUUACACUACUGCGAGUGAUCCGAAAGAUCUGUUGAAGAGGAUCGAGACGAUGAUGAGGGGGAUUGUGGAAGGUGGUCAUAUUUGUGGGUUCGUGUAUACGCAGCUUACCGAUAUUGAGCAGGAGGUUAAUGGUGUGUAUACGUUGGAGAGGAAAGAGAAGCUAGGCGCUAGGGAAGUUAGGAGAAUUGUCGAAGGGGUCAUCCAGUACUACAAUGAGCUGCAGGAUUCUGGAUUGGAAGGGAAACAAUGA